AGGCGUACAAUUGUGGAAAGGCUUACGGUCCUUUCAGUCUGCGCGUCGUACGAGAUGAUGGAGAACUGUGCCAGGCCGGAGAAGUUGGAACGAUACACGUUCAAGGUCGGUGGUUACAUUUUUUUUACUCUAUUAUCGGAUUCUAAAUUUCAUUUUGACUUACUAACCCGGACUUAGCUACAACGAUUAGUGUGGCCUGAGUUUCGUGACGCCUGGGUUGGCCUUUGGUAUUGAGAACAUUAAGACUUGAUAUACUCAAGCCUGUUUCACCUCUGUGGCGUAAUAAUUCGGGCUGUAAUAGCAGUCCGUGUGACAUCCUGUUCCUGGCAAUGGGUGAUAAUUCCUACCCCUAUUUAAAGUUACAAUUCAUGACACUCUAUCCCUGUUUAAAGUUACAAUUCAUGACACUCUAUCCCUGUUUAAAGUUACAAUUCAUGACACUCUAUCCCUCUUUAAAGUUACAAUUCAUGACACUCUAUCCCUGUUUAAAGUUACAAUUCAUGACACUCUAUCCCUGUUUAAAGUUACAAUUCAUGACACUCUAUCCCUGUUUAAAGUUACAAUUCAUGACACUCUAUCCCUCUUUAAAGUUACAAUUCAUGACACUCUAUCCCUGUUUCAAGUUACAAUUAUUGACACUCUAUCCCUGUUUAAAGUUACAAUUCAUGACACUCUAUCCCUGUUUAAAGUUACAAUUCAUGACACUCUAUCCCUGUUUAAAGUUACAAUUCAUGACACUCUAUCCCUGUUUAAAGUUACAAUUCAUGACACUCUAUCCCUGUUUAAAGUUACAAUUCAUGACACUCUAUCCCUGUUUAAAGUUACAAUUCAUGACACUCUAUCCCUGUUUAAAGUUACAAUUUAUGACACUCUAUCCCUGUUUAAAGUUACAAUUUAUGACACUCUAUCCCUGUUUAAAGUUACAAUUUUUGACACUCUAUCCCUGUUUAAAGUUACAAUUCAUGACACUCUAUCCCUGUUUAAAGUUACAAUUCAUGACACUCUAUCCCUGUUUAAAGUUACAAUUUAUGACACUCUAUCCCUGUUUAAAGUUACAAUUUAUGACACUCUAUCCCUGUUUAAAGUUACAAUUUAUGACACUCUAUCCCUGUUUAAAGUUACAAUUCAUGACACUCUAUCCCUGUUUAAAGUUACAAUUUUUGACACUCUAUCCCUGUUUAAAGUUACAAUUUAUGACACUCUAUCCAUGUUUAAAGAUCAAUCUAUGAUAUGCUGUCCCUAUUUAACGAUACAAUCUAUGAUAUGCUGUCCCUAUUUAACGAUACAAUCUAUGAUAUGCUGUCCCUAUUUAACGAUACAAUCUAUGAUAUGCUGUCCCUAUUUAACGAUACAAUCUAUGAUAUGCUGUCCCUAUUUAACGAUACAAUCUAUGAUAUGCUGUCCCUAUUUAACGAUACAAUCUAUGAUAUGCUGUCCCUAUUUAACGAUACAAUCUAUGAUAUGCUGUCCCUAUUUAACGAUACAAUCUAUGAUAUGCUGUCCCUAUUUAACGAUACAAUCUAUGAUAUGCUGUCCCUAUUUAACGAUACAAUCUAUGAUAUGCUGUCCCUAUUUAACGAUACAAUCUAUGAUAUGCUGUCCCUAUUUAACGAUACAAUCUAUGAUAUGCUGUCCCUAUUUAACGAUACAAUCUAUGAUAUGCUGUCCCUAUUUAACGAUACAAUCUAUGAUAUGCUGUCCCUAUUUAACGAUACAAUCUAUGAUAUGCUGUCCCUAUUUAACGAUACAAUCUAUGAUAUGCUGUCCCUAUUUAACGAUACAAUCUAUGAUAUGCUGUCCCUAUUUAACGAUACAAUCUAUGAUAUGCUGUCCCUAUUUAACGAUACAAUCUAUGAUAUGCUGUCCCUAUUUAACGAUACAAUCUAUGAUAUGCUGUCCCUAUUUAACGAUACAAUCUAUGAUAUGCUGUCCCUAUUUAACGAUACAAUCUAUGAUAUGCUGUCCCUAUUUAACGAUACAAUCUAUGAUAUGCUGUCCCUAUUUAACGAUACAAUCUAUGAUAUGCUGUCCCUAUUUAACGAUACAAUCUAUGAUAUGCUGUCCCUAUUUAACGAUACAAUCUAUGAUAUGCUGUCCCUAUUUAACGAUACAAUCUAUGAUAUGCUGUCCCUAUUUAACGAUACAAUCUAUGAUAUGCUGUCCCUAUUUAACGAUACAAUCUAUGAUAUGCUGUCCCUAUUUAACGAUACAAUCUAUGAUAUGCUGUCCCUAUUUAACGAUACAAUCUAUGAUAUGCUGUCCCUAUUUAACGAUACAAUCUAUGAUAUGCUGUCCCUAUUUAACGAUACAAUCUAUGAUAUGCUGUCCCUAUUUAACGAUACAAUCUAUGAUAUGCUGUCCCUAUUUAACGAUACAAUCUAUGAUAUGCUGUCCCUAUUUAACGAUACAAUCUAUGAUAUGCUGUCCCUAUUUAACGAUACAAUCUAUGAUAUGCUGUCCCUAUUUAACGAUACAAUCUAUGAUACGCUAUACAUGAGUAAGGUCAAUGCCCCACGUUCCUGUCUAUAUUCUCAAACUAUGACACACAUUCCCCGACCACCGAAAGUACCACCCAGGGCUGAGUUUGCAAACUGUGAAGUAAUACCUUCACCAACGGUUUCAUUUUUAGAUUUCCUAGCAACGUCCAUCACUGUCUAACUUGGUUAAAUCUAAAUAGGCUCGCCACCUCGUAGUAAAAAGUCCAGUUGGUGAGCAAAUCUCUUAAAUAAUAAUUUUUUUUUAUACCUGGACAGCUCCCAAAAUUUUCCGAGGAUUCUUCAAUCGCCUUGAAGACCCCGACCCGCAGACACGAAAAGCUUUCACUGAGGACGGCUGGCUGAACAUGGACGACAACGGCUACCUUGACGAGCACGGCGACAUCUUCGUGUUGGGACGCAAGAACGACGUCAUCACGUACGGCGCAUCGACUCUGUAUCCCGGUUGGCUGGAGAAGAAAAUCAUGGAGUACCCGGAUGUAGAGCAGGCUUGUGUGGUCCCGGUGGGUAGUUAUAAUUGGGCCAUGUCUACUGGCUUGUGUGAUCUCACAAACAACAAUUAGAUUGCAUUUUGUCUUUGAGAUCUGCAUUUAAACUAUAACACACAGUGUUGUAAUUUCGUUUUUAAUCACACAGUUCAUUUGAAUUUGUUCAUUGUCGCUUGUAACAAAUUUUUACUUUGGUUGUCUUGAAAAUGUUGUAGGUAUCUGAUCCUGUUUUGUAUCAGAACAUCUGCGCAUGUCUAAAGCCCGUACCGGGAAGUGACCUCAAGAUGAGUAAACUAAAAGAACACUGUGAGACGAUAUUUGUUAAACACACCCACCAGGGACUGGCGCCUGUGCCACAGUUGUUUCUGGUA